CUAUGUGGCCUGUCAAGUAAUUCACAAUCCACAACCCUUUCAACAUGAAUCACUAACAAGGAAAACAGUUUGUAAAAAUAAAUCUUUGUGAGUUCAAAAGAUCAUUGUUCUUUAGACACAGAAACUGUCUUAGUAAUUAGCCAAAAUGAUUUUCUUAUCUAACCCUGAUCUGCUCUGAUUAGCUUUAUCUCAUACAACAUAACCAGUCCAAUACAAAACUUGUCAUCCAGAAAAAACAGUAAAAAUAUCAGCUGUUUUUUUUAAAUGAUAUCAUAUCAUGAAAAUACAUCUUGAUUUGAUUAUGAUAUUAAGGAUAUAGGUGAUAUAAUGUCUGGAGUAACGAUUACAUCAGAUGUAUACUACCGUCAUGUUAACUGGUUAAUUAUUAAUAUGUCAGUUAUUUAGUGCAGUCUAAAAACAAUAUUUCUGUGGUAAAGAAAAGCUGUACCUGCGUCAAGUCUAGUGGUUAACCUUCAUCAGGAAAUCAUCAUAUACAGGAAAUGUGUCAAUAACUACUAUUAAAUUGAUCGUUUUCAACAUUGAAAAAGCCAAAGGGGACAGGCUACUCAUUUUCUAGAACGAACUAGAGUGAUCUGCUGCACAUAUUGUAUGAUGAUGGCCAACAGUACUUCACGAAUUGAUGAAGAUGCUUUUCUAUCAAGUUUUGAACUUUUGGGACCCGUUGGAGAGAAACUGUUUGCCCCUACUUGUGUAUCUGUGUCAUCAACAGGAGAAUAUGUGGUAUCUGAUAGUGAAAGUUGUUUUAUAGUCAUUUACAGUAGUUUUGGAGAAUACCUAUGUCAUUUUAGCACUAUACCAAAAUCUAUCUUUUAUCUUCUAUUGAACCUGGAAAAACACAGACCCCAUGAUGUAGCAUGGCUGUCAUCUAAAAGAGUUGUCUAUACACAGCCCUGGGGUUCUAAAGUAACAAUUUCUAAUUGGAAUGGAAGUAAGACUAUUUGUUUGGAAGGGAAGCCACUGUAUCAACCAUUUGGUGUUUGUGUUGAUAACUUGGACCAAAUUUAUGUAACUGAUAAAGACAAAGGGAGGAUACUCUGUUAUAGCAGUGAAGGAAAAUUAAUUAAAACUUUUGGUGGAUUGGCAUCGAAUGGAUUUAGUUUACACAAUCCACAUUACAUUGUACUCAAUAAGACAGGAGACAUUGUGUUAAAUGAUAUUAUCAAAGAUUAUGUAUGCAUAAAAAUGUACGACAGAUUAAGUGGGAAUUUUAAAACUAUUACUACAGACAUUAUCAGUGAAUUUGGAGUUGGAAGUUUAGCAAUGGAUUCUGAAAACAAUAUAUUCAUGACUGAUUAUCAUAAAAAUAGGGUGAAAGUUUUCAGAAAUGAUUUAAAUGAAAACCUUGAAAUUAAUAAUGUUAAAGAUCUAUGUGGGAUAGCUUUAAACCAUGAUGGAAAUCUGGUGUGUAUAGACAAUCAUGACAAAACGAUCAAAAUAAUUUCCCUGGGGUAAAGAUCAUCUCCAUUGUAAUGGGCACAUAAAAUCAUCAUUAGAUAUUACAGAAGAUAGCAAUUAAAUAUAUCUUUAAUACAUCAAGCAUAGUUUAUUUUCCUCAUUAAAAUGAACCCUUCUUUCACAGAU